AUGUUUUCUUCUUUUCUUUUGAAUUGCAACUUAAAUACAGUUGGGACAGUCAAAGAAAACCUGUCGCCCCAAGGGUUGGGAGGUAAGAGAAACUUUAAAUCACCCAUAGUUCGUUCAAACCAUACAAAGCUUUUGAGUGAAAGUUUAUAUGAAUGUAAGGCCUUUAUGGAGGAAAAAUUAUGAUUGGAAUUUGCUUUCGUUGUUUACCCUGAAGACAGUUCCAACGUACCUUCAAGAACGAAUGAAGUGAUUCGUUUAGAAAAAGAACUUCUGGCUGCCUGCAAGGGAGAGGACACAUUCUUGCCGUGUUUUCUGGUGGACUCUUUCCAUGGGGUAAAGAUAUGUACCUUUCUUCCGUCACACGCGUAAAGGUUGAUGGUAUUUGAAGUAAGGAAUGCAUGGGACUGGUUACUCAAGUGUUCCCACCACCCAACCCCCCCCCCCCGCACCCUUCUCUGUUGUUUCAGGACGUAUUCGUCAGAAUAUGCAGCAGUUAGGCUAGUACUAAGCUAGUAUUAACAAUAACUAAACUCACGACCUGCUAUUAUUCGUGUAAUGAUAGAAUGUUUGCCUUUGAAUCCCGCAAAGAGCUAUUCCCUAUUUGGCCAAAACAAGUAGACUUAAGCAUUUAACGAAACAAAUAAAAAGACAUAAUCUAGACGAAGGAAAUAACUAAAAAUACACCAAAACCGAUGCACUUUGGUCGAUGGGGUAAAGUUACUAAUAAACAUAAACUAGUUUAUGUUGUGUAUUGUUCUUUAGCUUUGCUGGCAGGCACACAAAAUGAAUAAAGCGAUGGGGAGAAUCUUGCGAAACCCUAAAAAGGAAAACAUGGCCAUCAGAGAAGGCAUUGUAAGGUAGGCCGUGAUAACCAGCCUCUAGGAAAUUCAGAUGGAACAAAAAUUUCAGCUACUAUAACACAACCUAACCUUUUUUGUGAUUGUUAAUAAGAAAAACAUAUUUUUAUUUUGUAAUCUGCUUGUGUUAUAACACAUAACAACCUUACGGAAAUAGACAUCCUGGACACGUCCGAGGUCCUGGAAAAGACUUGUGACGCCCUCAAAGUGCUGUCGUCGCAAAGAUACAUGUAGAAUCGACCAUUAUCUUCCAGUGUAUGAGUGCUGAUCGAUGCAUCAAUUUUGUAGGUGUUUUUAGUAGUCUCAAACACUUUGAUAAUCGAAGCAAUCUGUGUAAUUGUAAGCAUGUAUUUUCGAUUGUAAUUUUUAAGUAUGUAGCCAGCUGAAGACAAUUCAUAGCUUAUACUUUCAUUAGUUAUUACCAGGUGAAAAGUGGGCGAAGAGCCACUCGGUGGAAGUACUAGUACUAAUUACCUAUUAUUACUACUAAUUAUUAUUACUAUUAUUAUUAUGUGGAACGCUGUCCCACGAAGCCUUAACAGUGUACAUGUACAUACAUGCAGAUGUAUAUAAGCAAUCUUUUUAGGCCUGCAUGUCUUUUGAUGCUUGCCUGAUGGGGCUCAAUCGGCAAAUGUACAACUGUUAAGUAAUCUAAUAGCCUUGACUUCAAUUUCGCAGAGAACAACUUGACAAGUUCCGGGCGGAGAGGGAAGAACAAGAUGACAACUUUCGUCAAGCGCAAUUGGAGAAUGCACAACAUGAAGAAAGUGAUCCAAGAAAGGCUGAACAACAGGUAAACACUACUUGCACCAUCAGAGUAGAAGCCUAUCCUCUAUGCCUGUUUGCCGUAUGUGGCUAGAUCCAAACAACAUAUUAGUGGCUUUAAGCGAAAUCAACAGUGGCUUCCCAGUAUUCUUGCUACCCUUACGUUCUGCAUUGAAUAUAACGUGUUCAUAAACAUUUAAGCUUAGCUGCAACGACUUUGCAGGAUAAUGAAAAAAAGGCAAGGAAAGCCCGCUUGUCUGAUGAGCCGGAGGAUGGGUUGACGAUUCUAAUUCGUGCCUCGACAGGGACAUUCUCAAGAAAAUUUAAGAGGCACUCAUUUUCAGGUAAGGAACAGCACUACCUAAAAAGAGUUAGUCAUUUCAAAUAAUAUCUAAGUUAUCUGCGUAUUUUUUUAAUUACCUGGUACAAACUGAGAGGUAAAGUUAAGUAAUUAGCCCCAUGACACUUGUUUUGACUUGCCCCGAACACGCUAAAAAUGAAACCAUAACCAUUACUCUAAAUUUUUACAUGACACAUUAAUAACUCAGUACAAUGCAACAAAACUCAAAACAUGCGUUGUGUACAAACAAGUACGUUCAAGGUUAAUGAGAAGUAGAACCGUAAAUAACUGAAAUAUUCACAACAUUCUUAUGUUAUUCUUCUCAAUGCAACAGGAAAUCUACGAUUGGGCAGGAACAAAUGA